GGCGGCUCAGUCAGGGAGUUCUUUAAAGAUGGCCGGAGCGACGGCCGCCGCCGCGACCCCCGUGUACUGCGUGUGCCGCGAACCCUACGACGUGAGCCGCUUCAUGAUCGAGUGCGACAUCUGCAAGGACUGGUUCCACGGCAGCUGCGUUGGGGUAGAGGAGCACCAUGCUGUUGACAUUGAUCUAUACCAUUGUCCCAACUGUGCAAUUCUCCAUGGACCUUCUCUAAUGAAGAAGAGGAGAAACUGGCACAGACAUGACUACACAGAGCCAGAUGAUGGCUCCAAACCAGUGCAGGCUGGAACACGGACCUUUGUUAAACAGCUGCGGGCUCGCUCUUUCCCAAGUGCUGAUGAAGUAAUUUUGAAAAUGCAUGGAAGCCAGUUAACACAAAGAUAUCUGGAGAAACAUGGGUUUGAUGUUCCCAUUAUGGUUCCUAAAUUAGAUGGUCUGGGACUCAGACUUCCUCCACCAACUUUCUCCGUUUUAGAUGUGGAACGCUAUGUGGGUGGUGACAAAGUGAUAGAUGUCAUAGAUGUAGCAAGACAAGCAGACAGUAAAAUGAAGCUCCAUAAUUACAUUAAAUACUUCACAAAUCCUGACCGACCCAAAGUAUUGAAUGUGAUCAGCCUGGAGUUCUCGGACACAAAGAUGUCUGAAUUAGUGGAAGUCCCAGACAUUGCCAGAAAGCUUUCGUGGGUGGAAAAUUAUUGGCCAGAUGAUUCUGUCUUCCCUAAGCCUUUUGUUCAGAAGUAUUGCUUAAUGGGUGUCCAGGACAGCUAUACAGAUUUUCAUAUUGAUUUUGGAGGAACAUCAGUUUGGUACCACGUUCUCUGGGGUGAGAAGAUAUUCUAUUUGAUCAAGCCCACUGAUGAAAAUUUGGCUCUCUAUGAGUCCUGGAGUUCAUCUGUCACCCAGAGUGAAGUAUAUUUUGGGGACAAGGUUGACAAGUGUUACAAGUGUGUUGUGAAGCAAGGACACACUUUGUUUGUCCCAACAGGCUGGAUUCACGCUGUGCUCACAUCUCAGGAUUGUAUGGCUUUUGGAGGAAACUUUUUGCACAACCUCAACAUUGGCAUGCAGCUCAGGUGUUAUGAAAUGGAGAAGAGGCUAAAAACCCCGGAUCUUUUCAAAUUUCCUUUCUUUGAAGCCAUCUGUUGGUUUGUGGCCAAAAACUUACUGGAAACAUUGAAAGAACUGAGGGAAGAUGGUUUCCAGCCUCCAAGCUAUUUAGUGCAAGGAGUGAAGGCUUUACUUACUGCUUUAAAAUUAUGGAUGAAAAAAGAACUUGUAACAGAACAUGCCUUUGAAAUUCCAGACAACAUUAGGCCUGGGCAUCUCAUCAAAGAGCUCUCUAAAGUGAUUCGUUCUGUAGAGGAGGAAAACAGCAAAUUAGUUAAAACUCAGGGAAUUCUUGGUGUGUCUCCAAGUUCACGAUCUUCACAUGAAACAGCUUCCCCUCACCACUCCAGGCGAAGGGUGAGGAAGCUGCGAGACCAUGCUACCAAAACUCCUUCCAAUCUGGACAUCCUGGAACUUCACACUAGGGAGGUACUGAAAAGGCUGGAGAUGUCACCGUGGGAAGAGGAUAUCACAAGCUCAAAACUGAAUGGGAGGUUUAACAAGCCCUUUCAGCCCUCUUCUACAGUACCUGAAUGGAGAACAAAAGACAAUGAUCUUCGCCUUCUGCUGUCAAAUGGAAGAAUAAUUAGAGAUGAGAGGCGUCCAUUUACAGAUCGAAGUCUUUACACAGCAGACAGUGAAGAUGAAGAUGACAGGACAAGGUCAAAAAAGACAGCUGUGAAGGUAGAAGAGCAGCCCUCAGGAUUUGAAGGAGAAGGGAAUGCAGAUGCCCAGAAACCACUGAACAUGUUCUUUGAAAGUGUGAAAUCAGAACUCAGGAAUGGAUCCUCAGAGUACUCUGAUAUUUCUGAUUCAGAAGAAUCUGAGCCUGAUUGCACUACACAGCAGAAGGAUUCCUCCAGAGAGGAGUCAGAAAGCUCAGGUGAUGAAGAGAAGCAGGAAGUAACAUCCAAUUUCAAAGAGGAAUCGAAGGUCACAAGAGACCUUUGUCAAAAUACCCAGAAGCCAUCCAGAAAUGAAACUCCCAGUAAAAAGGAAUGUCCUACCUCGACAAGUACAGAAGAAGAAGCUAUUCAGGGCAUGCUUUCUAUGGCAGGAUUGCACUAUACUACAUGUUUACCAGGUCAUACUCAAAGCACAGACUGCACAAAUAAAAGAACCUCUCUUCAGGAACACAGAAGCUACCCCAGGAGUCGGCAUAAAGACAGACAGCCAUCUCAGAGCCACAAACCCAUGGAAUGUGGUAGGUCUGUGAAGGAGGAGGAAGGAGACUUGGGAACUUCAGCAUGGACUAGACACCUGAAUGAAGCUUCGAGGAUUACCCCUCAGGAUGCAAAUAAAACUCAAAAAUAUAUCAAGAAGGAAGGUGCAUCAGAAGCCAGUCUUAAAGUUCAGGAAAACAGAAGCAUAGUCCACAGCAACAGCCUGAGUUUUCAGCAUGGCAAAUACACACGAGACUCCAGCCUGAUGCAAGCAGAGUGUCAGCUGAGUGAUGGCAGCCUUAGCCCUGACAGGCCCUAUGGGGAAACGUCCUUGUCUGUCCCCCUGCACCCAACGAAGAGGCCAGCAUCAAACCCACCCCCCAUCAGCAACCAGGCAACAAAAGGCAAACGUCCAAAGAAAGGAAUGGCAACUGCUAAACAGCGCCUUGGGAAGAUCCUGAAGCUGAACCGGAACGGCCAUGCACGCUUCUUUGUUUAAUGUAGCUGCUACCUGUACUACUGCUGUCUUUCCUACAGACCAGUAUUGAGGGCAACAGAGCCUGGAGCUGCUGUUAUUCCUCUGCUUGAAGCAGACUUGCAUGUACCAUAGAAAACACUGCCUGAUGAACAAAAGAAAGAAAGAAAAAGAA